UUAAUGGGGCCAUGAGGCAUCCUGCUCUUGUCCCUUAUGCUUAGUUACAGUAAAGGGGGGUAUUAGACAACAGUAAUGCUGGCUGAUCUGAGCACUCUGUCUGCUGUGUAGUCUGGGGGGAUCACCAUGGGGAGCACCAGCAAGGUGGCCAACUUGUGGAACAGGAGACCGAGUCUUUUCCCCAACUACAAAGUUGCGGAUUCAGACAUUAAUCGAAGACCCUCGGAGAUUGCCUAUCCGCUGGCCAAGAAAAGCUGCAUGAAGACAUGGAACUCCAUGCAGGAGCUGAGCAGGGACAUCUACGACAUUUAUGCUGAGUACGAAGAAGAACAGGAUGACAAAGCUAUAUAUUGCUCUUCCAAGCAUGUUUCACUCUCCAAGAAGAACUACAUGAUCAACAUCAAUGUAGGGGGUAAGCCCUACCAGAUAGCCUACAAGACGGCCGCCAAGUAUCCAAAGACCAGAAUAGGACGACUGGCCACCUACACGGACCACAACAUGAAGUUGGACUUGUGUGAUGACUACAUUGUGGCCACCAAUGAGUACUUCUUUGACAGGGAUCCAGAUGUCUUCCACAGCAUCUUCAGCUUCUACCGGACCGGUGUGCUGUGGAUCAAGGACGAGUUGUGUCCCCGCAACUUCCUGGAGGAGAUCAACUACUGGGGCGUGAGGAUCAAGAACACCCACCGCUGUUGUCGCAUCUCCUUCGAGGAGCGGCAGGAUGAGCUGAACGAUCAGCUGAAGAUCCAGAGGGAGCUGGAGGCAGAGGUGGAGAUCGAGGAGAAUGAGGAGCUCUUCCAUGACAUGUUCAUGGGCCAGAAGCGCAGAGCUAUCUGGAACUUGAUGGAGAAGCCGUUUUCAUCCGUCAAGGCCAAGCUGAUGGCGUUGGCCUCCAGCUUGUUUGUCCUGAUCUCCCUGGUGGCCAUGACUCUCAACACAGUGGAGGAGAUGCAAUACAGAACUCCCACAGGUCAGCUCAGUGGGAAGACAUACUGGGAACACGUGGAGUCCAUGUGCAUCGCCUUCUUCACAAUGGAGUUCCUGCUCCGUCUGGUGUCCACUCCUGACCUCAAAUCCUUCAGCAGGAGCGUGCUCAACGUGGUGGACCUGAUCGCCAUCCUGCCUCAGCAUGUGCAGGCCAUCUUGGAGUUCUUUGACAAUGAGGAGAAUUACAUGAAGCACGAGGCCGACAUGCAGGCGGUGGGGCAGGUGGGAAAGCUGGGCCAGGUGUUGCGGAUCAUGAGACUGAUGCGAAUCUUUCGGAUCUUGAAACUGGCACGACACUCCACAGGUCUGCGGGCCUUCGGCUUCACUUUGCGUCAGUGCUACCAGCAAGUGGGCUGCCUCUUCCUUUUCAUCGCCAUGGGCAUCUUCAGCUUCUCGGCCAUGGUUUACACUGUGGAGCAUGACAUGCCGCAGACAAACUUCACCAGCAUUCCUCAUGCAUGGUGGUGGGCAGCUGUCAGCAUCUCCACUGUGGGCUAUGGCGACAUCUACCCAGAGACCAUACUGGGUCGUCUCUUCGCUUUCAUCUGCAUCUCUUUUGGAAUCAUCCUCAACGGUCUGCCCAUAUCCAUUCUCUUCAACAAGUUCUCAGACUAUUACUCUAAACUCAAGUCCAAUCAGUACACAGCCUCCACCAAGAAUCGGGGGAAGGUGAGAUUUUCCAAGAGGACAAUGAAAAGGCUCAACCACUGCUUUUGUCAAGCACACUAAUUUCUUUUCUUUUUUUAUUAAUAAAUAAUAUGCUUUUGGCAGCUUUUGUAGUUGGGAAGCCAGUGGGGGAUCACAUGCUUCUAUUCUAUCUUCACUCUCUCCAAGGGUGUAUGACUGACGGUUUUAUGAAAAUAUUUGCUUUUUGUAUACAGAUACAUAUUUACAUAUUUUAUAUAUACUACAUUUCUGUCAAAAAAGAAUUAAUAGUCAUAGUCAAUAAUUAAAAGUAUCCACUAGUUUAGACUUGCUAUUUACAUCUAUCUCUAUAUUAUCAUUUAGAGAAAUUACACAAAACAGAGUUCCUUUUCAGUGGUAAACUCUUCAUACCUGUCCAUCAUUACAAAUUAAAUGUAUGUGUACCACCAUUCUUAAAACCCACAACAGAAUAUUUCAAUUUACAAAUAUACUGUAUUGAAUAUGUCAUGUACAAUUGUAUGUACAAUUUUGAAAACAUGUAUACAAUGAUGAAAAACACAUCUACAAUAUAUACAUUUGAUGUAAUUAUACAGCUGCACAAAUGUGAAUAUUUCUCUAUAUCACAUGGCUUCAGUGAAGUUGGAACAAGCAUAUAAGGAAUAUGCUUACAUUUGAUAUUGUCACCCAAUGUGGGAAGAUGUUACUUCAAUUUAAAAUGUAAAAAUUGUUUUAUCAUGUUUUACAAGCAGUCCUCUUUAAUCAGAUUCCCACAGCGAAAAUGUGUAAUAUUGUCAACAGUUUGGGUGAAAAUGUCAAACUUGUGGUUUGGUCUGGGCAAUGGGGAAUGAAUGAAAAAGCUUUUACUAUAACCAGAGCAGCUCUCAGGGAAUUGAUCUUUUUGUUUAUCUACGAUAUAAUUCUAUGCCUAACUGAUUUUUAAACAUGUCCUUUUCAGAGACAGUUUACAAUCAUUAGUAUAGAUCUGAGUGAAAAAUAUUAGUUUCUUUAUAAUUGCAGCUGCAAUGUCUUAAAUCUGUGUGCUGUGCUCACACAGGAGAUCUGCAGGGGCUUGCAAAGUGUACUUCACCUUCAAUUACUGGUACUCCUUUACGUGUUUGCAAUGUUUAAUAGCCUAUGAAGUAUGCACUAUGAUUGACUUGCAUUGCAUGCAACUGUAUGUCACACGAUACAGUCUGAUACUCUGUUAUUAAUAAACACUGUAGCUACUACUUA